AUGAAUCAAAAAAAAUAAUAGUUAUCCAACAGUUCAUAAGACAAAGUCUGUGAAAUUAAAAAAAAGAUUCAUAAGCCAAUAAGUCAACAAUCUCUAUACUUUUGGGGAAACAAUUACAUAGAGUCUUUGAAAAAAUCUUUCCUUACAAAGAAUUUCAUGUACCUAAAUUUAUUGCAAUUCCCCUAACUGAAACCUACAAACUUAAAAGUGUUGAAAGAGUAGACACCAAAGAAUUUGUUUGAUGACAUUCCUAUUCUGAUUGGAGUGGAUGAAAUUACUGAGUCAGAGUAAAUAUAUUAUAAGCAAAGUAGAGUAUGCUCAAUUUGUUUGUUAGAGAUAAACGAGAAAAUCUUAAUUAAAAUUCUAUAAUGCAAUCAUUAUUUCCACAACGAUUGCAUAAAAGAAUGGAUUUUGAGAAAACCAGAAUGUCCUACUUGCAGAGAAAAUAUUCUUUCAUAAUGA